AUGGAGCCCGAUGAAUACUACGAAAGUAUCGAAUUACACAUUAGAUGGUCAGACAGACAAGAUUUGAUCUUAAAUGUAUCACCGGAAGAAACAAUAUACGACAUCAAGCAGAAGAUUCGGCAAUCGUCAAGUAGGAGCGAAAAUAAAUAUAUUCGAUUAAUUCACAAUGGACGAGUGUUAGAAGAUGCAAAGCUGUUAAAGGAAUAUGGUGUUGGUAAAAUAAAUAUUACGGAUUCGAAAGCCAAACUAGAGCCGCCUGCACCAGUGUAUUUCCAUUGCUCACUGUCUGACUACACACCUGAAACACCAAGCUUAAAAAAUAAUCAACCUCAAAUGAUUCCACCUACAGGCUUUGAUAGAUUAAGAGAAUCAGGUUUUACAGAGGAAGAUAUCCGGAAUAUCAGAACUCAAUUUCACCGACUACAUGGCACACCAUUUGAUGAAGGACCAACAGAAGAGGCACGGAAUUUGGAGGAACAGUGGAUGGAUAACACAGGAGAGACAUUACCAGACGGAAGUAAGUUGGAAAGUAUUGUUUUCGUGUGCUGGAACUAA